UAAAAAUCCCGCCCCUACUUUUCAUCUCCCGCGUGCAUAAAAUAGCAACAGUGAAUAGCCCGCCCUUUUUUUUCCACGUCACCAACCACAAGCCAAUCCCUUCUUUAUUUUCCACAAGCCUUUCUUUCUUUCCCACGAGUCCACCUUGUUGCUUACUCUGCCGACAACACCCAGCUCCAUCUUUGCCCUAGUAUUCUUUCUUCCGUUAUUUCUGUUGAGGAGGCCGGAUCAUUUACCCCAUCGCCGCUUGAAGUUCUCUCUCCUAUCUCUGGCUCGCUUAAAGUUCUCUCUCCUUUCUCUGCCUCGCUUGAAGUUCUAUCUCGAAUCUCUGCCUCGCUUGAAGUUUUAUCUCAAAUCUCUGCCUCGCUUGAAGUUCUCUCUCCUAUCUAUCUCCAUUUCCAUUUGAAGUUCUGGUUCGCUUGAAUUUCUACCUAGACCAACACUGCUAUUUGUUCAAUCCUCUCUUUACUCUCUAGAACCAAGGAUCCGGAGUUACCUUCAUUCUUCAGGACUGAAGAACUUAAGGCCUCAACUUUAUUCUACUGCUGAGUACUGUGAGAAGUCUUAUCUCCACAGUGAACAGAAAGAGAUUUUAUAGAGGAAGAACAUGCUGCGAACGCCGCUAAGUAUCUGACUUAAAGAUUUUAUGCUGGUCAUUCUCAUUAUAAGAGCAGGGGAGGAGGAAAUUGAAGAGGGAAAAAGAUAGCUAAAUUUCAGCAUGCGUGGUCCCACAAAAUCCUCCAAAAUGGCUCCAAAAAAAGGAAGAAGGGAGCGAAAUGCUACUGUGACUACAUUAAGGAAUCAAGGAAAUGAGGGGAUUAGUAUAUCAGAGCGAGAUUCAAACUCUCCCCACACACAGUUGGGUGGACAAUCUGGAGGUUCUCCUGGUGGACAAUCUGGAGGUUCUCCUGGACUUCCACUCGAUCAUGAUAGUGGAAGUUCCUCUGCAAAUGAGGCUGCAACAAAUACCUCUACUGGCAAGGGUACUCAUAAAGGUAGAGGUCAGGCAAAAUUAAUAGUUGUUGAUUCACCACUUCCUAUUCAAUUCAAUGAAAGAGGGCAGCCAGUUGGUCCGAAUAACGAAAAAUUUUCUAGUAGCUGUGGAGUACUAGCACGAGAGAAUGUACCAAUCUCAUGUCAAGACUGGAAAAAAGCUUCAAAAGAUAAACGUCUCCUAUGGGUAGCUAUAAAGAAACUAUUUGAAGUGCCUGAUUGUCAUAGAAAAUCAACUUUUCAAAGCAUGGGAAAGAGUUUGAGUGAUUACAAAUCACGCCUUACCAACGAUAUAAUUGAACCGGAAGGUGACACAGAAGUCAUUAACUCAUUGAGACCUGGCAAUAUAAAAUCAAUUGAAGAGUGGCAACAGUUCGUCAGUGAUCGACUCUCUGAUAACCACAAAGCAAAGAGACAAAAAUUUCAAGACUUGCGAAGUAUGCAAAAGUUACCACACACAACAAGUCGUCGGGGGUAUGCUCGUCUAGAGCAUAAAAUGAAAAAAGAAAGUAAUACGCCCGACUCUAUAUCAAGAGUCGAUGUGUGGAUUGCAGGUCACUUGAGGAAGAAUAAGGAACCUUUGAAUGAUGCAAUAGGAGUGCAAAAAAUGAGAGAUUACACCCAAACCCAACCUGAAGGCACAAGCUCUCUUCAAAAUGAUGGAGUCACUCACGUAUUUGGUGCCGAACGUCGAGGACGAGUUAGAGGCCUCGGUUUUGGAGCUACAAUUUCAAAAAUGCAAGCAAUUGGUUAUCAAAAGGAGCAAGCGAAGAGAAUGGAAGAAAUGAUGAAUGACAUGAAAGAUGAAAUGAGGAAUGAAAUCAAAGCUGAAAUGAUGGUUGAGAUGAAAGCUUUGUUGUCCCAAAAUGCUUGUGUUGCUUCUCAGUCCAAUGCUACGCCAAAUCCUAUUCCAACUAAUCUGCAAGGUUAUAUGUGUGAGCUAUUACCUUUAAUGGAUAAGGCGUAG